CAUAGCCAUGAGUACCGGCCAGCAAAGUCCACCUACUGCGGAAUGUGCUGAAGGUGGUCUAAAUAAUAGCACAUCUAUAAUAUCAUUUAAGCCGGGAGACAAACACUGUUGUCAUGACAUCAGUACCAAAAAUGUUAAAAUUGUUGCAAAUCCCGGUUUGCAUGACCACGGUUCCUCCAAAGUAAAAUUGAAAAAUUUCGUAGAUUACAAAUGGGAAGUGAAGAAUUAUCCAGGUCACUUGAUUGCAGUUCACCUCGACGGGAAAUAUAUAGCAUAUGUUAUAUACGUUAACAAUAAAGUUUCUCGCAUGGAAGGUAUGGUCCGAGUUGUGAAUACCGCUAAAGGAUUAAGGGCUUUAAUUAAAGGAAUGACUGGUGAAGUCUUAGAUUUACAAUUUGCCCACAUUGAAAAGGAGCAUAUUCUUGCUUCUAUUGACGCCAGCGCAUUGUAUGUUCAUAAAAUCGAUUUACUGGAGGGGUCAUUAUUGUGCAAUUUAGUAGUAAAGAUUGAAGACCCAUUAUCGAAUUAUUCCCCUAAAUAUGAUAAAAUAUCUUGGUGUCCAUUCAUUGAAGUGGCUGUCGAUGACGACGAGGAUAGCCAAUUGCUGGUUUGGGCUCGUGGCUCCGUAUUUCAAUGCUUCAAUAUAAACAUUAUCGUUGCUGAACAUGGGUUUGGAAAACUCCAAUCGAAAGAUUUGAAAUCCGGUUAUUUGAAACAUUCUGAUGAAACUAUUACAAUAACCUGGGUGGCAUUGUCCCCGGAUGGAUCAACGCUGGGUGUUGGCAGCACAGACGGUGUUAUAAGAUUCUACCAGGUGUAUAUACAUGACAAGGACCCGAGGUGCUUACACGCUUGGAAACCACAUAAUGGGAAACCGGUAUCGUCGUUCUUUUUCUUAGACAAUUUAACAAAAAAUAAUGCAGCGCCAUAUUGGAAGUUUGCAAUUACCGGUGCAGAAAACAACACCGAAUUCAAAGUAUGGGAUUGCGGUACUUGGGAUUGCCUGCAGACCAUCAACAUAGGAAGUUCGACAGGAAAACCAUUAAAUUUCAUUGCCGAGAUAGAUCGUACAGCGUCGUACUUGGUCCUAUCCAACUACGAUACACGUUCUUGCUACGUCAUGCAAAUAAUAAAUGCAAACAAUUUAAUAUCUGCUCUUAAUGGGAAUGUAAUGAGUGGUGAAAGUUCAAUAAACAAGGAUAAUAGCAGUAAUAGUCUCGCUUCGGCAUCGUCCAAUUCAAAUUGCCGAAGUGCUGAAGGCGGUGCAGUUGCUACAUCUUCCAAUGUCUAUGUGAAGAGCAUUUCCGAAUUUCCCCUGAGUUCUGGAAUUUUGUCGUUUUCUAUUGUUGAUGCCGCUGUUCGUCGCUACAAAUGUGCUAAUGAUAACUACAUGUGCGACGAAUUGGAUGACUAUGACGAGGACACAUCGUCCUUAUAUUGUGUUGUGGUUCACAUGUAUAUUGUGCAGUCCAAAAGUAUGCAAGAGUGUCACAUUUUAUACCAACCUCCUGUGCAGGAAAAUACUGAAAUAAAAAGUACAAUAUCUAGUGAAGGAUCUGCACAAAAGAGAGAACAGGAUAACAAAAAUCUCAACAAUGAUAGUGAUGAGAGCGAACAUAUCGAUAAUGAAAGCGUACACCCUGACGACACAGGGAAAUCAGACGAAAUGGGCAAUGUCAAGAAUGUCCAUUUGAAAACAAAAGAUGACACCGCUUCUUCGAAUGAGAAGAAUGCAUUGGAACUAUUAUUGGGCAUAACAAAUAUAUCGAACAGCAGCGUCAGCAGCAAUAGUCACGCUAACUUGGUUUCAAAUACUAGUGGCUCGAACGUCGUUUCUGUGGCAGCAGCUGCAGCGGCAGCCCCCAGUGUCAUAGCAACAGAAAAUAUUGCCGAUUCUCGAAAUCCAUCACCUAAUGUAUCAGCAAAUGUUCCGACUAAAACCUAUCCCCAGGUCAAUUUAAUGACCCCGGAUGCUUUUACAUCAUCGUCGUCUACAAACGAGCGAAAAACUCCCGAAAAUGUAAGCAGUGAAGUUCUUAAUACAAUUUUAAUGUUAGCCGCUGUAACUGGACAAAAUCCUGCGGCUCCCCCGAAACCAGAAAAUAUGAAUUUAUUAAAUCUGGUUAAUAGCAGUUUGAUAGAAGGCCAGGAACAACAAAAAGUUCAAAUGAAGCGAGAUAUGGAAUAUCAGGAAAAGUUUAGAGCUAUUGAUAGAAAUCCAGGACGCAGCAUUGGCGAAAAUUUGACCAGUGGAGGUUCAAGUCCUAGUCGUGAGGUGCAGGAAAUAAUGUCAUUACAGGACUAUGAUAAAAGCUCUUUCAGUGGGGAUGAACUUUUGGAGGGCAACAAUGAAAACGACAAUGUAAAUGAAACGGAUGUUGCUGAUACAGAAGAAACCAAUGUCGAGGAAAUGCAAGGUGAAUAGUGCUACAGUAUGCCAACUUCAAGUGCUAAAACGAAUUGGCCAAAGGUGCCAGAUGUGCCCAAAGUAACCACAAAUAAACAUUCUGCAGAACUCCAAAAUGCUGCAAAUUUAAUAUCACAAGCAGUCAACGCAUCAUCUAUGUCGAAUCUGAGUAGCAGCCAUAUAGCGCCAACCCUAGGAACCACUUCUUGCAGCAAUAUAAUGGCCAACGAUAAUGUCGACAAUGUCGGAGGAACAGAUUUAGGAGAAAUUAAUAUGAAAAUGAAUGAACUAAUUGAUUUGGUAAAAAUGCAGUCGGUUCAAAUUAAUAAUCUUCAGAUGGAAAUUGCCGAUAUGAAGAAGACAGGUCCUGCAAUUGCUCAAAAAAAUAUGACCGAACUUGGCUUUAAGGUGGAAAUGCAAUUGUCCAAAAUGAUGGAAACAUAUUUAAUGCGGUACGAAACUGAACAUAAUCGGAAACUAUCCACGUUUCUAAUGGGACGUGAUGUUCAAAAUCGCGAAUUGCGCGACAGUAUCAUGCAGAUUAUGAACCAGUAUGUCCUCACCCAAUUCGGAGAAAUGAUCUCCAAGGUGUUGUCCAUAGAAAUUCAACGGCAGCUAGCUCCAAUAUUGGCAGCGAAAAUGGACAAUUUGCAACAGCAAAUCCAGUUGGAUGCGGCACAGAAAUUGAAGUCGUUCGAUAUGAUGAUUAAAGAAAAUAUAGCACAGGCUUGCAAGAGCAAAAGUAUUAUUGAUGCGUUUGGCAAAUCAGUAUUAGUCGGUGUACAAAGCAGUCUGCAAGCUGCGUUUGUCGAGUCAAUGUCCAGUACAUUGAUUCCAGCCUAUGAGAAAUCUUCGCAGAAUAUGUUCAAGCAAUUACACGAAGCAUUCUCCGUGGGAAUUAAAGAAUUCAUGGAACAGUUCGAUACAUACUUGCAACAACUACAACCAAUGCAUGAUACAACCGAGGAAAUUAUUAACAAAUUUUCAACUUUCCGACAACAUUUGGACUCAAUCCUCAUCAAACAUAGAAAUAGUGUUCAGGAAGCAAUGUUGGACACUCGCAAAGACAUGAAGAGUAUGCAAUUGUUGUUAACACGUCAAAUUCAGGAAAAUAUUCGAACCGAGAUACGCAAAUCAUUUGAAAGCCAAGCUGCAGUAAUUCGUUCGCAAGCGAAUACACCCGCACCUAUGUAUGACAUGAAGGAGACAAUUAAACACCUUUUACUUCAAGGUCAAAUCAACAAGGCCUUCAAUCAAGCAUUGCUGGGUAAUGACUUGAGUCUGGUGGAGUAUACCUUGAAGUGUGCCGAUCACAAUGCCGUCUUUACACCUGACUGCUGCCUAGAGCAAAAAGUGUUGUUAUCUCUGAUCCAACAGAUUUCGGCAGACAUGAGUAACCACAAUGAAGUCAAACAAAAUUAUUUGGCAGAAGCGCUGUUGGCGAUCAAUCCCCAUGACCCAAUUACCAGGGAACAUGCACCAAAAGUAUUGCAAGAGUUAUUCCGUAAUUGCCAAAUGUUCUUGAUAAAUUAUCCGAAAAGUCCACAAUGCAGCAACGUCCGAAUGUUGAUGAAGGCUGUUCAGGCAUUCAAAGAUCAAUUCUAACCAAGAUCUUUCUUCGGCCGACACAAUCCUCCAAAU